GGGUCCAAUAUCGAUCCCUGUCAAUUUUUCUUUACCUCCCUUUUCCUUAUUUUCCAAGACAAAUUAACCACCUUCUGGGAAACUCCUAGUUGUGCCAGCAGUCCGUACCUUGUCUAAAAAACCUUAUAUAAGAUGUUCAGUGCAUGACGUGAAAUCAUCAGAACUUUUAUCUACAUACAAACACGUAGCUAGAAUCUCUCUUUUAAUUACGCCAUGGAUGUACUUGGGGCUAACAUGAAGAGCGGCAAGAGAUCACAUACCAAGAGAGGUAAAAAGGCUGUCAAAGUUGUCUACAUAUCUAGCCCUAUGAAGGUCAAGACUAGUGCCUCAAAGUUUAGAGCUCUUGUUCAGGAACUCACCGGCAAAGACUCCGAUGCCGAACGGUUCAUGGACAUUAAUGGUGCUCAUGACUCUCUUGAAAUCCCUCACCAAACGGCUGAAUAUGAUCAUCAUCCAUCGGCGUUUCCUUUGACGAACUCGUGUAAUGAUCAGUCACCAUCAACAACAAGCUCCGAGUCUUUUCUUGGGUCACUUGACGGAGAGUUUUUCCCAUCCAUGGAAGGCAGCUUCAUGGGCAUGCUUCAGCCAAGCCUUUUUCAUGAAUCUUUUCAGUUAGAUGUGCUUAAUUAACUAGUUAAUUUAUGGCCAGCUGAGCUUACUUUGUAUGAGUUCUUCUUUUUGGUGCUAGCUUUUGAGAUCCUCGUAUGUAUGCUCAAAUCUCUAUGUAAAUUCUUUAUUAAUUAGUACUUGAGAUUUAGAAAUUCUA